ACAAUGGUUCAGACCAGGAGGAUGGCAGUCACAUACCAUGAGUAUCAGAGUCUGGUGUUGAAACGGGUUCACGAUUGGCAAGGUUGUGAGACUAUACGGGUUGUCUCUAGAAAAUGACAGACUUGUUACUUGGAACCUUAAUAUCGGCAACAAUCAACAACCCCCUUUGCUCAAGGCAAUGCUUGCCAAGGUUGAUGGAUGGUCAACUUGCUGGAGCAUUCUUCAUUCAAGUAUGCGUUGCGUACUUGGUGACAAUAUAUCACAAUAUGGGUUUCGCGAGGACGUUGCAUUCUUAGCAGAGCCUAAUAAUUGUGGCAGUAGGAUGUUAUUGAAAGAUGCAGAGGAGAUUCUUAAUUGCACAAGAGAGUGCCGCGACCUACGCCAUUCUGAAAUAGCAUGGAACUUUGAGGUCUAUCAGAACCUGCUGGAAAAGAUCUUUCGGGCUGAUGACUGCCCGUAUCUAGUCAACUUCUCGUUAAGUUACUCUGCCUCUAUCAUCAAGGAAUAUCUGCCUACUAUGACAGGAUCCAAACUUGUCGACUUCUGUAUCUAUGUUAACCCCGGUAUGGAUUCCAACAAAGAAAAAGAUUACGGCACCCAAGCCAAUGACCUGAGCUGCAUUCUCCCAAUGCAGUGCAUGAACCAUACCUCCUACCUCGGCCUUGCAGCUCGACUAAUAUCCGCCAGCAUCGAGACCAAGCGAAUAGGAGAUGAUGAGGACAACGCUGCACUGCAGAUUGGUAUAUGGCAAGCUGCAUAGUGGAACUACCUCGAAAGCUUACUGACGAGAGUUGGCGGCGAGGAAUAUGUAGAAACCUCGCUCGCAGAACUGGGGUUAUUACCAGCCAUCAUUAUCCAUGGCCAUUAAUGGAAUUUUGCGGCGACGACGCGAGAAGGCAGUAAAACCGUUCUUUGGCGCCAGUUUAUAUUUGGAAGAACGAGCUCUAUAGUAGGAAUCUACGCAAUUGCGACUGUUGUAGAAUAUUUGCGGCACUGGACGGAGACGGUGUAUUGGGAGUGGUUUAAAAAGAAUAUUUUGGAUAGGUUAGAGAGUGCUUAAUUGUAGACAAGACACAUCGAGAGAAGGAGUCAACUGCAAUUUGUUAGUGCUAGCUUACUGUAUAAAUUACCACUGGUAUUGGCACCUAAUACCAUUUUUCC